CGCUGCAACAAAAAAAACAACUCUUUUGUUUUGAAAACUCGGAAAAGUUUAAUUCAGCUGUUAAUUUUGGUUGAAGUAACUUAGUUGACGUUAGUAUGUAAGUUUAGAUUUGCUAGUGAUUUUGAGAUCACCGACAUGUCCGGAGAAAACAAGGAAUCAAAAACAGAAGCAAAGGCCGCCAUGAAGAACUCCAUGGCGGCGUGUCCCUCGUCUGCAGCGGUUUUCAGCGAAGGCCCCUGUAGACCAACCGUCUUCCGAAGGUUUUACGAGCGCGGGGACAUGCCGAUUCAAAAUGACAGUCGGGGGAGACGGAGGAGCGUGCGCUGGAAGGUGGCGUUAGACGUGCUGGACUACCACCACUUCCUGCCUCUGUUUUUCGAUGGCCUCGCCGAAAGCCUCUCGCCGUACAACUUCAUCGCUGUCCAAGGAAUCCACGAAAUGUUGGACCACGGGGGUCCCAAGAUCCUGCCCGUCGUCCCCCAGCUGAUCGCCCCCAUUAGGAAAGCCUUGGACACGAGGAACAACGACGUGAUGUGCUCCACCAUGAAGGUCCUGCAGCACCUGGUGAAGUCGGCCGACGGAGUGGGAGAGGCCCUGGUGCCGCACUUCAAACACUUCCUGCGGGUUUUCUGCGAGUUCCGGUGCAAGACAUACACCCCCCACGCCACCGUCUACGGCCCGAAGAAACCGUCGCUCGGUGAGCUGGUGGAGGAGACUCUGCAGAUUUUGGAGCAGCGUGGAGGAAAGGACGCAUUCAAAGCCAUCAAGGUCAUAAUCCCCAACUACCAUUCCUGCGUGAGCUGCUGAGGAGGGGAGGGUCACCCUGACCGCCAUCGGCCUGAGCCACCUCGCUACACGACUGAUGCGGUGCCACAUAAA